UUUAGCUACACACAAGUGAUCAAAUAUGCUGUUGAAUCUCGACACAAGUUUCUAUUUAAGUUUUAAUUUCAAAUGUUUUAUUGAGUGAUAUUCAUAAUUAACUCCGUUCCUCUCAACUAUUGAGAUUAAUUUAAUUCUCAAAACAAUUGUGAUCCAUUUUAAACAAGACUUGAUGACUAUUCAGCUCAAUCUGACUCACAAUUUAAAUUUUAAUCUUCCCCUUUGCAGUACAUUCAAUGCUCGUUUUUCUAAUGAUUUUUAGCAUUCAUUCUUUCACUGAUUCUUUGCGAUUGCAAGAAUUCCACACCUGCAUAUUAUUUAAUCUUACACCUUAAAUUUAAAUGUAAAUGUAAUUCAGAAAGAUUAAUUAAAUUAAGGAAACUUUCAAAUCGGCGGCGGCGGCGAUGUUACAAGCUGCCACCUCGUGAUAAAAGAUAAAAAUAAGUUAAAAAAUUAUUUCGGCUUAUUUUUGCUUGUUGUUGUAAUUUUAUUGCGAUGACAAUUAUUUAAAUUGUCUCUUUUCACUGUCAACUUACUUCACUGACAUUUUUUUUCGUUAAUUGUCACCCUGAAGUCAUCAAAUCAAGCAGAAAACAUUAAUCCUGGAGAGUCAUAAUUCAAAGAAUGACAUCGAUGUUCUUAAGUACUUUAACACCUAAAUUUUACGUUGCCCUGACUGGAACUUCAUCACUUAUCUCUGGACUUAUCUUGAUUUUUGAAUGGUGGUACUUUCGUAAAUAUGGUACAUCAUUUAUUGAACAAGUCUCACUAAAUCACAUCUCUCCCUGGUUGGGCAGCAGUGAUACUAGCAAUGACACUCCAACAACCACUACCGCUACCGCUACUACUACUACUACGAAUACAACUACCACUACUACUGCUACUACAACUACUAAUGGAAAUGGAAAUGGAAAUGGAAACAAUUCUUCGAGUAGUUCUAACAGCUCAAGUCAGCUUUCUUUAGAAUGCAAAGUGUGGCGCAAUCCGUUAAGUUUAUUUAGAGGAGCUGAAUAUAAUAGAUUUGCAACCGCUACUCGUAAAGAACCUUUAACGUACUAUGAUAUGAAUCUUUCUGCACAAGACCAUCAAACAUUUUUCACGUGUGAAGGCAUCGAUCCAGGUAAAGAUAAAUAUGAAAUGAUGCAAACGGCCUGGAGAGAAAGAGAUCCGAGUGCUCGCAUCAAAGCAGCUCAUGAAGCUUUAGAAAAAAAUCCAGAAUGUGCAACUGCAUUAAUAUUAUUAGCAGAAGAAGAAGCUCCGACUAUACUUGAAGCUGAAAAAAUUUUAAAACAAGCUCUUAAAGUGGCUGAAGCCAAUUAUCGAAAAAGUCAGCAAUAUCAUCACCAAAAUUCAAAUUAUGAAGCAAUUCAUCGUCGUGACACAAAUGUACUUAUUUAUGUGCGCCGUCGUUUAGCCAUGUGUGCUCGUAAAACUGGAAAAUUGAAAGAAGCGACCAAAAUGAUGAGAGAUUUGAUCAAAGAAUUUCCUAUGAUGAAUGUUUUUAAUAUUCAUGAAAAUUUGAUUGAAGCUCUUUUAGAAAUGCAAGCUUAUGCUGAUGUACAAGCAGUUCUUUCUAAAUACGAUGAUAUUAAUUUGCCAAAAUCAGCUUCGAUAUGUUAUACUGCAGCACUUUUAAAAGCACGCGGAGUAUGCGAAAAGUUUUCACCCGACUUAGCUUCUAAACGAGGUUUAACCCCCGCUGAGAUGCAUGCCGUCGAAGCAAUUCAUCGAGCCGUUGAAUUUAACCCACAUGUACCUAAAUAUUUGUUGGAAAUGAAAAGUCUUAUUCUCCCUCCUGAACAUAUACUCAAACGAGGAGAUAGUGAGGCGAUAGCCUACGCUUUCUUCCAUCUAGCACAUUGGAAAAGGGUGGAAGGAGCUCUUAAUCUUCUUCAUUGUACAUGGGAAGGAACUUUCAGGAUGAUUCCAUACCCAUUAGAAAAAGGUCAACUAUUUUAUCCAUAUCCAACAUGCACUGAAAGUACAGAUCGAGAAUUGCUACCAGCAUUUCACAAUGUUUCAGUGUAUCCAAAAAAAGAGCUACCAUUCUUUAUUCUUUUUACCGCUGGUUUGUGCUCUGUCACCGCAUUAUUAGCACUGUUAACGCACUCUUACCCUGAACCAAUGGGUGCUUUAGCAAAGAUAUUGAUAAGUUGGUUUUCGUUACCUGUUGCUUUUUUCGUGGAAAAGCUGGAAACUUUAGUUCCGUCUAGUUUGUUCCAGCAACUUUCUAGAGUGUAAUUUGUAUUUCCUUACAUAAUGACUAUAGAGAAGAAGAAACUGAAAAAGAAAAGAAUGAACAAAACUCGGGCGAUAAUUGAUGAGAUAAUUAAAUAAUAUCAGUUGAAGUCACAUAAAUUUAACAACUUAUUUACCGAAACACGAGACGCUUAUUAAUAAUAGAGCAACAAUAUCAAUUCUUGUUUUUCUUCUACUUUCUCUUUAAAGCUCUUUCAAUUACCCUCAGAUGAAUUCAUUUCUUUUUCUUUCUCCUUCUCUCUUCAUUCGUAUUUUUGUUCUUCUGUGUGAAAUGCCUUCUACUCUGAGAAUGAUUACUAAGCAUAUUGCUUAUUUUUCUUUUCUCUGUACACAAAAACAACCAUUUCUGAUUGUUCUCUUCAACAAAAAGCUACAAGAAACAAAAAAAAUCGUGUAACAAAUUUAAAUUAUUGUCAAUUAUCGGUGUAAUACUCUCUUCACUCUCACUUUUGUGACUAAAGUCAUUCUUUGACUAACUUUAAAUUUACUCCAUGAAAAAAAUCAAAUAUAAAGCUAAAAAAACUCAUGUUUUUUUGUGGCAAUUUCCAGUGGUAAAAUAAUUUGUGAUAAAUAUAAAUCGUAACAGAACAAUA